UUUUCAAAAGGUGAACAGGAAGAACAGCCCAACUUGAUGAAAACAAGAUAUUUGAAUUAGGGCAAGUGCGUUUACUAUAAACGUACUCUCUUACCUGUCUGGAUUAAAUUACGUCAAGAUGAGCGCAUCCUCCACACCCAUCUCCCGGGUGCGUCAGUGGGCCUCCCCGUCGAUGAAGCAAAAGGGCGCACCCCCUGCCUCCAGUGCCCCUCUCCUCGCAUCCUUCCCCGGCAACGACGAUGAGUUAGAGCGGCGUCAGAGGCGCAGAUCCCGCGUCAUUGAUCUGCAAGCCGCGAGUGACACCUCAUUUAAUGAUUCUGCCUGUCAUAGUGUCACAGGAACCCCUGCUGCAGUGCCCAAGAUGUCCAAUGCACAGAUUUUUGAGCACUACUCCACCUGCAUCAAACUCUCCACUGAAAAUAAAAUAACAACCAAGAAUGCCUUUGGUCUGCAUCUGAUUGACUAUAUGGCAGAAAUCCUCAAACAGAAGGAUUCUGAGCUGACUAACUUCAAGGUAGCAGCUGGUACUCUGGAUGCCAGCACUAAGAUUUAUGCGGUCAGAGUUGAUGCUGUCCACGCAGACGCUUACAAGGUGCUGGGAGGCUUGGGAGCCGAGACCAAGCCUGGGGAAGAGCAAAGACCAGGGGCCGAAGGAGAGAUGGAGGAGGGGUCCGCAGCAGGAGAGCUGGGUGUCAAGCAGGCAGUGAAGAGAAAGAGGCCUCCUAAAAGGACCGUGGAGCAAAACCUGAGCAGCAUCAACAGCUCCGAGUCUGAGAGGAAAUGCGAGGUGGACCCCAUGUUCCAGCGAAUGGCUUCUUCCUUCGACGAGAGCAGCACGUCAGGGGUGUUCCUGUCGGUGCUGUUCAGCGAGGACAGCCGCUGCGAGCUGCUGUUCCCCUCCCACAUGACCCUGCUGCAGUCCCGCCCCCGUGCCCCCCCACCCACCGGCCAGCGUGUAGCAGCACAGCCCUUCCUAGGUGGUCUGCAGCACUCCCAGGAGAAGAACUCCAUCUGCCCAUCCCUCGAAGACUUCUCCUUCACCAGCUGGGACCCAGAACAGGCAACGAGCCAGCUGCUAGAGAAGAUGAGUCGGGGGGAGCACGUGUUUGACGUGAACGCGGAGGCGGAGCCAGAGGAGGAGUGUCAGGAUUUUGGAGAGGACGCCGAUGCAGAUUACGAGGGCCAGGAGGACUAUGGGGAGGGCUCCAAGGAGCACAAAGAUGGCUGCCAGGUCGCGGGGCCACACAGAGGACGGGAUGUGAUUCCCAUCGGAGAAGGAGACAUAGCUACCAUGUGCCUGCAGCUGUCGUCAGAGCCCAGGGAGUACUCCUACUUCAGCCCCAGGACCAUGGCUACCUGGGCCGGCCCGGGUUACUGGCAGUUCAAACCCAAACACAAGCAGGACCACGUGCCCGAGAAGGAGGCUCGCAAGAGGAAGCCCAAGAAGGCUUUUGAAAUUGACUUCAACGAUGACGACGUGAACUUCGACACCUACUUUCGCACCACUAGAGCGGCCACCACAAACACCAAGUCAGCCCUGAGCAGCAGCAACAAGAAGACCACUCUCCCAGCAGACUUCCAGUUCCCCCCAGAGACCCUGUCCCAGCUCAGCCUCAAGCCCUCCAGCACAUUGUGUCCGGAGGGCCAGAAGAGGCUGUCUGGAGAGCUUGGGGAAGGCAUUGGGGACUACGACUACAACAACGCCAAUGACACAACUAAUUUCUGCCCUGGCCUGCAGGGUGGGGACAGUGACGAGGACGGGAGUCCAGAUGACAUGCAGCCCUCCAUGGACACCAUGCCCCCCUCCUCACAGGAGCAGGACCACGACUUCACCUACGGGGAGGACCACCUGGUGCCAGAGCCGCACAGGGUGAACAAGAUCGAGAUUAACUACGCCAAGACUGCCAAGAAGAUGGAUAUGAAGCGACUGAAGACCACCAUGUGGAAUCUUCUAACCGACAGUCCAGAUAAACAUGCCAAGCAGGAGGUGGAAAAUGCGGAGACAUCAGAAGUGACCGGGGAGAAAGUCUUCAGCCAGACUACAAAGACCCUGCUUCAAAGUCUGCCCUCCACCAUGGCCCAGAACCUGUCUGUGCCCCUCGCCUUCGUUGCUCUGCUCCACCUGGCCAACGAGAAGAAUUUGGAACUGGUCAAGGUGGAUGACAUGUCAGAUAUUGUCAUCAAGCAGGGCCACUAAAAGGGAAAGCCAUGACUGCACCUGAAAAUGUGAAGAUUCUCUUCAGACUUCUUCUCUUCACCCUUUUUGUUUUUCCUAAAUAGUUAACUCUAUGCUGUCGUGUCACACACACCCUUUUUUCUUUUUUUAUAUUUGGCCUCUUCAGUGUUUUGCUGCCAUGUGUCAUUUCUAUAAGUAUGUGUAGAUGCUUCACUCUCAAUUCACAAAGAAUGUGUACAUAUUAAAAAAUAAAAUGUGCUGUCAAUGUG